GUUCUACAUAAAAUCUGUGUGAAAAUAGUGCUACGAUGUAAUAGCAAGGACAAAAUAAAGAGAACUUUACUAAAACUAAAUCUUAGGAAGAGAAAAAAAAGACCUUGAGUGUAUGUAUCUUAGGUUAGAUAAGGGAUCAUUUUGAUAGAGCGUUAGUAAUCAGUGGAUAUGAUCGCAUUGGUAUUGUGCGUUUUUGCCAAGAUUAUAGACUUGGCGAUAAGUGCUUACUCGCAAGAAUAUGUAAGGGGCACUCAACAGUUUCACUACAGCAAACGAAAACGAAGAAUAAGCAAAGGGCCACCGCCACGGCUGGGGCUGAAGGCGGCCAGCCCCGGCGUCACCGACGAGGACUGCAACAGCAACACCAGUCUCGCAGGAAGCCAGCACUCGACUCACGAUGAACUCGAUGCGCAUUGCGAUAACUCUGGAUAUCUAUGGCUCCUCGAUUAUAAUCCGAUGUUUCGAGACGGCUCGUGUCACCAUAUCUCAGUACUGUCCUCCGUAUCCGCCUCCUAUAAGGGCAUAAGCGAUCUAACAUCUCGCUUCGAGUUCACAUCCCGCUACAAAGACAUCGCUCGGGACCUCGACGCGAACCUCGCUGAAGCCGAUAUGGAGAGCUUCAAAACAGAAGACAUCCACGCUCUCCUUAUGACCACCGAACUGCCCCAUGACGCCAUCAUAGACGAUAUAGCACACGACAGUAAUCCUCAAGGCGAGAUGUUUGCGAGUAUUUCGAGUUCACUGUUGGAAAAAUUUCAGUUCGACAGUUCUAUCAGUGUUGGCAGUAGUUUCCAGGGUGAAGAAUCCGUCGGUUCUAUCAAUACAAUGUCAAUAUGUAAAUCGGAACUAUUAUUCUCUCCGGUAAAAGAAGGUGCGCAUGGUGUUCACUUCAGCGUGGAUAGCCUCGACUGUGAACUGCCAACUGAGCAGGAUCUCAUCCUCACGUGUCAGGCUAAUAAGGAUAACUAUACCAUAGCCUUUGAGGGCAGUCUCACCAUUUACUCUGAGGACAGUGAGUGUGCUGAACCCGCCGUCAAUCAAAAACAUGACAAACUGGUUAAAGAAGACUUAAAUAUAGCAUUAGAUAGUGAUGAACGAACGCGCAGGAAUUUAGAAUUAUUAGAAAGAUGUAAAAAAUUAACAAAUAAGCUAACAACGUCUAUGGCUAAAAGUGAUUUAGGUCUAACUACCUGGAGUAAACUUAAGAAGCAAACCUGUCAAUCGCCUUUAAAGAGGCAUCCAUCCGGUAACAAUAAUGAAGAUUCAAAUGAACCGACAGACACCACAAACGAAAUGAGCAAUUCAGUUAUCAAAAGUCAAAGCUUACCAAAUUUAUAUAGAAGGAAAUUAUUAAGCAGUUCCAUCAACUCCGCAGCAUUAAGCAAUUCAACGGUCGAUUCUUUUACAGCCAAUCAAAGGCUAAUUGGAACGUCAACUUGUAUGAAAGUAUACGAUGUCUCACAAAAUCGGUCACAUUGUAGUCAACAUUCUGAACCUAUGAGUACGUCUUCUACUGAAAAUCAAACAUCUUCUGAUAAAAGUCAAACAAAACAGCAAUCUUUUAACUUGGUCAAAUUGUUUAUGAAACAAAAAAGUAUUAGUAACGAUGGAAUUGUAGGGAUGGAUCAACUUGAUAGAUCAGAAUGUUGGCCAUCUAGCUCAGGUGGAGAGAGCGGUGAAUCAAUGGGCGAACAGAAACUUGGAACAUUAAGAACUGUUCCUUCUGAAAGACCUCAAGUUGAACUACCACUUGAAGCAUUCGAAGAAACAUCUUCGUUGGUCUAUGAAGAAAUUAGAUCGUCAAAUCCUUAUAAUAGAGUAUACGACGAAGUAUUGAUUGAAGAGGAAGAAACAGAAGGAUCAAAAUUAAAUGAAAACGAAUCUCAUCUUUAUGCCGUAGUAAAUAAGCCGCAAAUAAAAAGAACUAAUGUUAAUGUUUCAAAUAGUCCGUCGAAAUUAAGAACAAAUAGAAAGUCAUGUUCCUCGCAAUCUUCAGCUACAAGUGUUAGUAUCUCCAGUUGUUCUGAGUCAGAUGGCACGCAAAUCACUAGAAUGAAUCGAGUACUACAACGAGAAUCCUGUGAUACUAAAGCCACGUCCACCCAUCUCGAAGCUGAUACAUCAGACAAAUGCAUGCAAACAUCAAAUUUGCAGGUUUCAGGAAUGUCACGUGACCGUGAAAUAUUCAAAGUCAUAGAGCCUUCGUUUCUUGAAAAAUUAAAAGAAGGAGAUUGUGAAAAACCAGUCUUCGUACUAUAUCCCAAUUACACACUACCAGAUAUAAGCUUUUUGAAUGGUAAACCAAAUAUUUAUUUAAACCCAGUAAAAGUAAAUUUAUCUUCUAAAUCGAAUGAAAGCAAAAGAAACAGAAUGCAAGGAAAAGGUAAACGACCAUUUUCAUGUAAUGAUGUUGAGAUGCUUAAGAAAAAAGGUCUCGGACAUAUAAAAGAUUGGGACUCAUUAAACUUUUUACUACCGCUAGAAUGUAGACAGCUUUUGUCUGAAGUGCCUGAACUUAUGCAACAUAUGAAAGAGACAACGUCUAAAUGUGAUAAAUUUUGCAAUACACAUUCGAAACAAAAGAAUCGGCCAACCAGUUGUGAUUGCAAUAAUUUAACAGGACAUCCUACUGCAGUAUCAUCUAGUUCGAGUACUGCUACACAACCCUCAUCAGGAUAUAGGGGCUCAUCAACGAUGUUAACAGAUUCUUCAGCCCAAAAUAGUCCCGCUCCAACAGGAAACUUUAACCCAUUAUUUGUAUAUCGUUAUGACAGCGCCACGAGUUCCGAAGCUAGCUGUGCCAACAAUGAUGGCUUACGCAUAAAUCCUACUCUACCAAAACGUUCUUUAUCUAUAGCGGAACAAAACAGAUUAUUGAAACAAGGCGAAUUUGCGCCCCCGCGACCACCUUUGCCAAAGAGUAUCUUACGCAAAUCUGCUGACAAAACUCGAAAAUCUAGUCCACACACGAAACGAUAUAGUAUGUUCGAGUUAGAUGAGUUCAUACAAGAUCCAGUUGUUUGUGCUACAGCUGCGGUAGAACAAAAAACUAAGAGAAGAUCGCUACAAGAACCUUAUUAUCUACAAAAUCAACCUAAUUUCGAUUAUAGAAAAAAUAAUGAUUUGGCUGCUAAAAGGCUGUCUCAACAAUUUCUUGAUGCCGCUGAGAAAGAUGCAGAUUACAAUGAAUAUUAUCAAGACGAAGGUGUUGGAACAGAGAGUAGUUUAGAAUCGGGAAAGUCUAACGAAAUUAAGUUCCACCGACCACACACGCCGCCACUUCCAAAACCAAGGACAAAGAAAAUGGAAUAUAUUGAUUUUCCACCACCCGGCGCACUCAUAAGCAGCGCUGAUUUACAACAAUUAGAAGAAUUUCUUAAGCAAAGUGGCAUCAGCUGCCAAAACAUGGAUGAAUGGGAUCAAAAUCAAGUUCAAAAGGUAAGAAGUCAGGUUACGAAGUUUCUUCAAAUGAAACGUUCCCAGGAAGAGAAUCAAAGGUCUACAGAUUCAAGUACAAGUAGUUGCAAUAGCAAGAAAUCUGUUAGCUUUGCACAAAAGCCGGAUGCCAAAGCUGAGGGCCAACUUUCGCAGACUAAGGUUGUAGACGAACUCAAAGUGGCAACUCUAACCACUCCACCCAAUUCUCCCAAUAUAUCAGCAAUGGUAGCACAAAGACAUUAUCAGGGCAAAAACUUAGCUGAAAUACCAAUUUGUGAAGAAGGUGAAGUGAGUCCCGACGAAUUUUUGAGUCCAACAAACGAAGGGAGACAGAAAUAUGAUCUGAUUGAUAUGUCUCAAAAAAGAGCUUUAGUCUCAAAUGUAACGGAUGCAGUUGAAAUGUUGAUUCAACAUUUUUCGUCCGCCACCGACCAAGCAGAAUUAGCCUUCUUGGGAGACUCAAAACAAUCGCCAGCCUGUGCGAAGAUAGCUCUAAACGCUUUGUGCCCAGCACUAUACGCCAUAUUUAGAGAUGGCCUAAAAGAAAACAUUGAAACAUCUUUCGGGGCAGUCAACAAUUCUGUUUGGCAAAUGGUUGAAGCAACAGCUAGACAGGGGCCCAUAACAAAGUCUCUUAACGAAUUAGUUUUGAGAAUAAACUGUGAAGACGCAGUUACGGAAGGACUAGUAAAAUUCAAUGCUUUCAUUUUAGGCUUAUUGAACGCACAGUCAGUAGAUGCGUGGGUUUCGUACGUGCGGACCAGAGAGUCGAUUCUAUCAAAACACUACGACCCCGACUCACUCAUCCUGGCAGGGUGCGUGGGCGAAUCGCGCUGUAGAGCCCUCUUGGACACUUUGCUGGCUAGUCUUGAACCACUUAAACUACUGCCCUUUAACCUUGACCUCAUGUUUGAAAUGCGGGAACUGCACCGGAGCUUUAAGAAAAUUGAGAGCGACAUGCGAGCUGCCAGUCGGCCCACUUCGAUUAACACUCCGCCACUAACACUGAACCAGAAAAACCUGCUGAAGUUGGUGCGUUCGAUGCAAUCCAGCGCCAUUUCGAGCGACGACUGUCAGACUAGUGUCAUAAUGAGACAUAAAGAACCAAAAAACAAGGAACCAUCCACCCCCGAUCUUUUGAAUGAUUCAGCGAAUGUUAAAACUACAGUUGAAAAGAAUAGACCGAGAUCAUGUGUCAAUCCGAGUACGAUAGGCUACGACAUUUGUCCUAACAACAGCAGAAUAGAUUUAGAGAAUAACAGGAGAUGGUCAGGUGUUCACCUGGGAUCAAAACUAAUGCAAGCGUUCGACCGAUUGGUCUUUGACGACAGUGACGAUUACACUGAUAGUCUAGAGAACAAUAAACCCUCCACUAAAACGACCGGCAAUGACAUGAAGCUGGAUACGAGUGGAGAAGAACAUUGGCGACCAAGCUCAGCCAACAGCAGCGCGAGCGGCCAGACGGGGACGGGCAGCAACAACUCCGGCGGGAAGUUCCGCCGCUUGCAGCUCAAGUGGGAGAUGUUGAGCAAUGCCGAGAGCCCCGUCACGCCGUCUGGAGAAACGUCACCAGCUACAGCCAGAGGAUCCAAAAUUCCACGACCGGUAUCAUCACCGGUUCGUCCUCAAGCGCCCGCUGUACAAUCACCCGCUAAGAACACGCACAGAGGCAUCCCUGUGCCGGUGCGUAAGAGCUCGUCUCCAACCGCAGCGACGCCACGAACCGCAAACACCGGCCGAACAAAUACUGCAAAUAAAAAACCACCGCAGCCCGCAAACAGAGUAAUUCCCGAGAAGUCAACAAGGAAACCCGCGGAAAAGACACGAGUGUCGAACGUUGCUGUUAAAAACACUAUCGGUGCUAAGAAAUCGCUGGCGUCGCGCGUGGACGGCGCCUGCGCGGGCGGCGCGCCGCGGCCGGCGUCGCUGCCGUACGGGCGCGCCGCGCCGCCCCCCGCGCCCCGCCGCGCCGCCUCCUCGUCCGCCGCGCGCGCGCACGCGCACCACACUCACCAGCAGAAACACAAAUACGUGAGAACGCUCUGGCAUAGAUUGCCAUCGGAUUCCGGCCACCUCGCGUUCAACGAGGGAGAGCGGUUGCGACUCAUCCUCGAGGUGGACGACCAGCACCUGCUGUGCUGUCGAGGGGACCAAAAGGGCUUGGUUCCCCGCGAUGCGGUCCUGUUGGAGGACUUCUGAUAUUGGCAGGGAUAGCCCGACUGGCAGCCGCACUGGCGCCCCCUGCGCGUGUCCUCCAAUGUUGGCAAACACUAAGUGCGGUCAGUCUGCUUAAUCCAUGAAUAAACGUAGUUUUCUGAACAAAGUGAACUCGAGGCAGUUGUGUGUGCAAUAGUGGAUCCGGAUGGAACUGAGAUUCGAACUACUGAAUCGGUUGUGGUUGUUUGUGAAAGAACGCGUUAGUGUUGAGGUGGACGGUGUAUAUAUAAUAGACAGUGAAUAGUAAACCCGGUCGUCUUGAUGCUUGAAAUUUUUAUAGUCUAUAAUAUAAUUUAUGAUGUUACCCAAAUCUAAUUCUCAUUCAAAAAUAUAUCGAAAAUGUCUUUGAGCGGGGAUUUUCUCGACUGUGAUUAUAUUUAUUAUAAUUUAUUUCAAAUUAAUCUUUAUAGCUGAUUUUAUCUUGUUGACUAUUAAUUUUUAAGACAAUAUGCAAUUCUAUUUAUAAAUAGAGUCUUUGAAUUUUUUGAUACAAAAAAAUUCUUCAUCGGACUGAUCGUACCCGUCGAGGCGAUCCCUGUUCAACGGCUAAACAUGACAUCACUAAAAUUUUCGCACAUUUUUAAUUCUGUAGUACAAUCUAGUCUUACGUUUUAAGGCACGACUUUGUCUCGGACUGUAUAUACUUUGUUGUAAGGAACACUAAUUGUGGGUAUAUUUAUUGCGGGUGUAUUUAGAUCAUGGCAUUUAGGAAUUAAUAUGACAUUCGCUGUAAAUAUUCCUGCGAUGGGAUGUGAUAUAGAUAUUUACUGUACUCUAAGGACAAAAUCUCAUAGUAGCUACAAACUCCAAUUUACUUAUAUGACUAAUAAUCGUAAAACACUAUCGCUGAGAGAAAGACGCCUGAUAAAAAAUAAAAAUAGUUAAAUUUAAUGGGAAUUGAUGUCUACAUAUAACGAUAAUAUAUGAUAAUAUUGUUAGUCUUUAUUGAUAUUUAAAUCGUGUCUACUGUGUACAUAAUAUUUAUACCAAAUAAUCGCCGCCGAGCGCUAAACAUAUGUAUCGAUUCUAUAUUAAAUGAACCUCGUCUAGAUAACGUAUCCUACACUUUAAACGACUCGUCUGAGAUUUGCUGCAGACUUGUUAAAAUUUGUGGAGUCACUAACAGCAUGUGGCCUCUCCUCGUCACCUUCCUCUCACGGGUUUGCGGUAAACUAUCAGUCAAUACUUCUAUCGAUUCCUUCUACGAACCUCCUCCGUACGGUAAUAGGAAGUUUAACAUGGGUGUGGAACUAAUCGCAUGACCUUCACCGAACAUCCUUUCCUACGACUUUCUAUAACGUACUAGUUUCUAGAACGUUCUCUUAGGUGUUGGAGUGUAACGACCUCGCCCGCUGACCGCAUGCGCCUCUCCACAAUCAUUCCUGAGCCCCAGCACUGUAACUGAACGUCACUAUCGCGGCGCCAGAGUUCUGGACGAAAGCAUACCUUACCUGUAUCGUUAUAAAAGUCAAUCUCCUCUGACACUUCGCUUUACGCUAAGUUACCGAAUUAUUGUGAUACUCAAUCAUAUCACCGCUUUACGCCGGGAAACGAAUAGAAAUGAUAUUUUUGGUAUUUGUAUUGCUCAAGCGGGGACGAUUUAUCGGAUGUUAUAUUAAACACAGAUAAGUUAUAAUACUCUAAUUGUAAUCUUGUUAUACUCGUGAUUUUAACGACAUUAUUCGUCUAUCGUUGUAAUAUUAUUUUGUAAAUAAAUAUUCGUAAAAUAUAAACGAGAAUAUUCGUAUUAAAAAUUUAAAAGUCAAAAUUGUAAGGGAAAAUUGAAUAAUGCACGAAACAGUUCCUCUCGUAGUCCGUCGUGCUGUCGAGUCACAUUGGUGUUUUGUAGAAAUGUUAUCGUAGAACAAAUUUAUGAUGUUACUGGCGUCUUUCUCGAGGCUGAUGUUGUAUUAGAACAUGCCAACUUCAAUGCAAACGAAGAUGUUCUUCGUCACUAAUAAUGGCGGAGAACGAAAUAUGUUAGGACUGUACCAUAGGAGAAUAUUGUAUACAAUAAUUAGAUCUAAAAUGUUAUCUGUAGUACGUUCAUACAUAGAUAUUGUGAGUACCAUUAUAUGUUUGUAUUAUAGAUCCAUUAUCGCGUUAGUGUUAUUGCGCUUUGUGACUGAAUGAUGUGAUGUGGCCUUUGUAUGUAUUAAAUAUAAUAGUUACAUGUGUGCGUGCGCUUGUUGCAUCUGUCGGUGUCUUGACGUCUACUUAACUGCAUCCGGAACGCUUCGAAAAUAUAUUAUAUUGUAUCAUAUACUCGUGGAAAUCUCUAAUAACCGAUUAGAUAUCACUAAACUAUGCCUUAAAAUAAUCGUUAAUCGUAUAGUCCGUGAACUGAUACAAAAAUUAUGGUUCGCUUUGAAGCUUGAAACUAAUCGCUUGAGAAUUAGCGCAUGUAUUAACUUUAGAGGAGUUUGUUAGUUGUAAGUUUUUAUCAAC